AUGGGUGUUGGCCAGACAUUUGAUGAUGCAAUUGUAUUCAGAAAAGUACUAUAUAAAUACAGCCUUGCUCAUAGGUUUGGUUACAUAUUUGUGAGAAACAGCCCUAAGAAGAUGAUUGUCAAAUGCAAUAUUGAUGGUUGUAAAUGGAAGAUAUCAGCUUAUGCUCUUAGGAAGACAACCUCUAUAUUGUGUAUGAAAAAAUUCCACAAUGAACACAUGCACUCUGCUCAAGACAACCUCCUAUUAAAGCAAAAGGCUAACUCAAGAUUGACAUCAUCAAUCAUCAUUGAUGCUGUGAGGGGGAAUGUAGAGAAAACUUCAAAUGAGAUUAGACAAAACCUCUACAAAGAGUAUAGGUUAAAUCUCACAUAUCGACAAGCUUUGAGGGAAAAAGAUAGAGCAUUGGAGGAAAUACAUGGGCUUCCACAAAAAUCAUACAUGUUGAUUCCAUGGCUUUGUGAGAAAUUAAAGGAGACGGACCCAGACACAGUUGCAAAGUGGGUUGCCUCGACAAAUUAUAGAUUUGAUAGACUUUUUAUUGCAUAUGGAUGCUGUAUCAAAGGGUUUCUCCAAAGUGCUCAUCUAAUUUUGUUUAUCGAUGGAAGUUAUUUAAGCGGUCUAUAUAAGGGGACUUUGCUAGCAGCUUCUGUAAUUGAUACAAAUAAUGACUUAUUUCCUUUGGCUUAUACAAUAGUGGGUGGAGAAACAUAUGAUAAUUGGGCUUGGUUUCUUGAAAAUGUGAGAGAGAUCACACACCAAGUUCAAUUGACCAUAGUGUCAGACAGGCAUAAUGCUAUUGUUGGUGCAGUGCAUGCAAUAUUUGAUGGCAAUCGACAUGCUUUUUGUUAUCAUCAUGUCAAAGAAAAUUGCAGCUCAGAAUUUACAAAAAUUAAUAGAGGCAAGUGA